AAUGAUGUUGGAGACUAUAAAUACAACCAUAUAAAUGACACUUUAAUUAACGAGUGCGAAAUAGUGACGAUAAAACUCGAUGAGGACAGCAGAAGAGCAUUUCGACUUUCAAUAUUAUCCAAUGAAACAGUAAUUGAAUCUUUGUACUUUCAUAAAACUGACGGAUUGUUAGCAAGAAGCGAGACUCCUGUUUAUCUUACGGAUCGUGACUCGCUUAAAAAAAUGUGCGGUGCUAAGAUUUAUAAAGAUUACAAGUUUAUUAAAACUUCUUUUGAAGAGUAUGUUCCAGAUAUGGGUGAUUUUAGAUUUUAUCAUAAUUAUAACCGAACAGCAUCAUUGGUUAAAUUGAAACCUGAAGAUACUUUUGUUGAUACUUCAACACUGUCUUAUAAUUUGUACGCUCCAGAUUUGGAAGUAGUUAAUUGUAAAUUAUUCGUUAUACUUCAUCCAAAUUCAAUAAUCGACAAACCUCGAAUAGAAUUAAUGAGGACGAUUUUGAUGUUUUACAAUCACCUGGAUAUGUUUUUUGGAAAUUUUACGUCUCCAAAAAUACGACUUACUCUCAAAGGAAUUCUCUUUCCAGAUAUUGGUCAAAAAAUUCCUUACGAAGGCAACAGACUAGAUUUACAAUUAUUAAAUUGGUCUGAAAUUGACAAAGCUUUGAUGAAAUUUGUCAAAGAGAAGAAAGAUUAUUUUCAAUUAGAUACUCACGACAAAGUAUACUUUUUGUCUCAAACAAGCUACGUCAGAGAACCCGAUGGAGAGAUUUGUAAUGAUCCACCAAUGCCAAGGAUAGCUGCUGUAAUUCACGGAGAUCUUCUGACUUAUCACAUCAUCCACUUGCAAUAUUUAGCUAAAAUGUUUGGCGGUCAGUUUGUUCAGCCCUGCGAGUCUCUCCCCGGAAUUUUAUACCACAGAAACAGACAAAUGAACCCACCAUUGUUUGUUUGGUCUUCUUGUACUAUCAGUGGCUUUUCAACUUAUUUCAAUGAAAAUGAAUGCUCUUACUUCAAUAAACAAAGGCCACUUUUAACAACUGCUAUACGAGAUUCUAAAGAUGAGCGGCUGAGGAUAGCAAUUGAGCUUGGUGUACAAACACGGCGAGCUUACCAAAAAAAUUGCAAAAUAGUUAUAAUAAAACUCGACGGGUUUAACAACAGAAGCUUUCAUUUAUCAAUAUUAUCCAAUGAUUCAAUAUUAUUAGAAUCAUUAUACUUAAUAAAAACUGAUGGUUUGCUAGCAGAUAGUGAAACUCCUGUUCAUCUGAUGAACUUGCAGUCGCUUAAAAAAAUGUUGGGUGUGGUAGUCAAUGAAGACUACCGAUUUAUAAAAACUACUAUCAGAGAAUACGUUCCAGAAAUGGGUGACUUUAGAUUUUACCACAAUUAUCAAAAAGUAGCUUCAAUGUGCGUUUUUUUUCAUAAAACUGGAGUACAAUUGGAAGGUAAUAUUGGACAUAAUAUACUUCGACAUCUUCCAUCGGAAGAUCAUCCUCACCAAAAUAAAUAUAUUUACGCUAAAUUAUAUUUUCCAGAUUUACAGAUGAGUAAAAAUACAAAAAAAAUUUCUUUUAGUAAUACAACACAAAUAUUUAACUUGAAUUCUACAAAAUUAACAGUAGUUAAUUGUAAACUAUUUAUUAUUCUUCAUCCAAAUUCAAUCCAAGACAAGCCAAAAAUAGAAUUAAUACGGGCAAUUUUGAUGUUUUACAAUCACCUGGACAUGUUUUUUGGAAAUUUUACGUCCCCAAAAAUACGACUGACUUUAAAAGGAAUUCUUCUUCCAGAUAUCGGCAAGCAGAUUUUCUAUGAAGGCGACAAACACCUUGAUUUACAAUUAACAAAUUGGUCUAAUCCUGACGGUGACAUUUGUAACAAUCUAUCAGCUCUCAGAGUAGCUGCUAUAGUUCAAGGAGAUUUACAAACUUAUCAUAUUCUUCACUUAAACUAUUUAAUUAAAUCCUUUGGUGGAAUUGAUGAAAGAAAUGAUUCAUGCCCUGGAAUCAUGCACUAUAAUUCAAAAUGGGUACACCCAGUACCUUUAGUAUGGUCUCAUUGUUCUAUUGAAAAACUUUCUGAAUAUUUCAAUGAAAAAGAUUGCUCCUGGUUCAAAAAAAACAAACCAUCUUUGUCAACAGAAAUAAGAGACCCAAAAGAUGACCGCUUUCGUUUGGAAAUUGAAUCUGAUGUCCGGUCUCGAAGUUUAUAUGAACUUGAUGAAGAAUCACAAGUCGGUGUUGCAAUUAAUGUAACAAAUUUUUAA